AUGUCUGACGCCGGAGAAAUCGAAGUCGAGCAGCCCCAGGGCUACCCCGUCCUGCCCAAGGAUGUCGCCCAGGAGAUUGGCAGCGUCAAGCUGUUCAACAAGUGGACCUACGAGGAUGUCGAGAUCAGAGAUAUCUCUUUGACCGACUACAUCCAGAUCCGUCAGCCCGUCUACCUCCCCCACUCUGCUGGUCGUUACGCCCAGAAGAGAUUCCGCAAGGCCCAGUGCCCCAUCAUUGAGCGUCUCACCAACGCCCUCAUGAUGAACGGCCGCAACAACGGAAAGAAGAUCAUGGCCGUCCGCAUCGUCGCCCACGCCUUCGAGAUCGUCCACAUCAUGACCGACCAGAACCCCAUCCAGAUCGCCGUCGAUGCCAUCGUCAACUGCGGUCCCCGCGAAGACUCCACCCGUAUCGGUUCCGCCGGUACCGUCCGUCGCCAGGCCGUCGAUGUCUCUCCCCUCCGCCGUGUCAACCAGGCCAUUGCCCUCCUGACCAUCGGUGCCCGUGAGGCCGCUUUCCGCAACAUCAAGUCUGUUGCCGAGUGCCUUGCUGAGGAGCUCAUCAACGCCGCCAAGGGUUCUUCCAACUCGUACGCCAUCAAGAAGAAGGAUGAGCUCGAGCGUGUCGCCAAGUCCAACCGAUAA